GUACCACUUCUAACUAUUCACCAUGAUUGAUUCUCAAUCAUCUACCUCUAGAUCGAUACAGUCGUAUAUCCUUGUAUUUUUACAAAAGGCCAAUUGUAGUUGUUGUAGAGUAUUUGUCACAGACGGGAUACCCACACGACUGCUUCUCAUCGCACUUCGAAGGACCUCGAUGAAUAUUAAGGGCGGACAGCCACUUAGUAUCUGCACAUGUCGUGUACAGUUAGUUUGAUGCUCCUGCAUUGUUUCAACAUUCCACUACCUGUAGGAAUUUGCAUCAGGUGAUUGUUCUUGUCCUUGUACAGCCAACAACUGCCUUCCAUAGAGUAGUACUGUUAAGACUGACAACAUUACUGUCUGUCUUCCACGACUGAUCAUGUAUCUAUCUUCUGUACCGUGUCUGAACAAGUCACCUUGAAAUCUAUAAGUUAUCUUGGGGGGUCAAGGUGAUUGUUCGACCCGGUAGUUCCCUCCACCAUAACAGCAUCAUCUCACUUCACUAAAAUCAUUGUUACAAUGAUUUCCAUCUGUUGAUCAUGAUCAAGAAGAAAUCACAGGGUCGUCGUGCUUGUACUUGUAUGUUCAUUUCUAAUGAGUUGCAUCAUGAUUUAGCUCUAGCUGUUACUUGCUGCUCGUUGCAUACUAGUCUAGGAGGGUACCCUGCUACACAC